GGUAAGUUGAGCUAAUAAAACUAGAACGUUUCGCCGCUAAUCGCCCUGGUGGUCAUCAUAUAGCAGCAUGAAAAUAGCAGCGAUUAUUCUGCUGGGCCUCGCGGCCGGAAUCCAGGCGGGAACCUACCUGGAUCGCUUCAAGGAGCAGUACGAAAAAAUCCACAAUUCAGCCAACGGCUACUUCUCCAAAGAGGGCGUGCCAUACCAUGCAAUUGAAACCCUUGUGGUGGAAGCCCCCGAUCAUGGACAUGAAACCACAUCCGAAGCCUACUCUUACUACUUGUGGAUGGAGGCAAUCAACGGCUACGUGACUGGAGAUUUCUCCUCCUUCAACACCGCUUGGAAUAACUUGGAGACUUACAUCAUCCCCACUUACCAGCCUACUUUGGGUGGGUACAACCCCAGCUCCCCUGCCACCUAUGCUGAUGAAAAGGACACGCCCCAAGAGUACCCCUCUCCUAUGGAGUCAGGCGUUCCAGUUGGACAGGAUCCUUUAUACAGCGAGCUGAAAUCCGCCUAUGGACAAGACUUUAUGUACUCCAUGCAUUGGAUGCUGGAUGUAGACAAUAUCUACGGAUUUGGAGACGCCCAAGGGCAAUGUGAAGGCGGUCCAGAGCAGAGCGGUCCUUCCUUGAUUAACACCUUCCAAAGAGGACCUCAAGAGUCGGUGUGGAGGACCAUUCCCCAGCCCACUUGCGAUGUCUUCAAGUACGGAGGCAACAACGGUUUCCUGGACCUUUUCGUCGGAGACAACAGCUACACUCCUCAAUGGAAGUACACAGCAGCCCCUGAUGCGGACGCCCGUGCAGUACAGGCCACCUAUUGGGCGGUGCAGUGGGCAAAAGAAAAGGGCGUCUACAGCUCCAUCUCCGAAACUGUGUCGAAAGUGAGCAAAAUGGGUGACUAUCUGAGGUACGCGAUGUUCGACAAAUACUUCAAGAAGGUGGGCAAUUGCGUUGGAAAAUACGACUGCCAGGGGGCGACCGGCAAAGACAGCGCCCACUAUCUCAUCAGUUGGUAUUUCGCUUGGGGUGGAGCCAUGCCCAACUAUGGCAACUGGGCUUGGGUGAUUGGGGACGGAGCCUCCCAUUUCGGGUACCAAAAUCCAAUGACCGCAUACGCCCUUUCCACUGUGGAUGAGCUGAAACCCAAAGGUGCCACUGCUGUGGAGGACUGGACCACUUCCCUGGAACGACAACUGGAGCUGUAUGAGUACCUGCAGACCUCUGAAGGAGCCUUCGCUGGGGGCGUGACCAACUCCUGGAAGGGCCGUUAUGAUACACCCGACAGCAACCUCACCGCCGACACCUUCCAUGGCUUGUUCUACGACUGGGAGCCUGUAUACCACGACCCACCUUCUAACAGAUGGUUUGGAAUGCAGCCCUGGUCGACCGAUCGUCUGGCCCAGUACUACUAUGAGACCAAAGACUCCAAGGCGGAAGCCAUCCUGAAAAAGUGGGUUGCGUGGGUGAUCUCAGCCAUCAAGCUGGAGAACGGCGACUUCCAAAUGCCUGAUCAUCUAACCUGGUCGGGAAAUCCUCCAGACAUCCAUGUGAGCAUCGGAGUUUACACCAAGGAAAUCGGAACCGCUUCAGCUACUGCGAGGACUUUGGCCUACUAUGCGGCUGGUUCUGGGGAUGAGGAAGCAAAGACAGUAGCCAAGGGCCUCUUGGACGCCUUGUACAAAUACGCAACAGACAAGGGAAUUACCAUUCCAGAAACCCCCGAUCAGUACGGAAGGUUUGAGGAGCCCGUCUACGUGCCAUCAGGAUGGACUGGAACAUACCCCAAUGGCGAUGUCAUUGACUCUUCAGCUACUUUCAUAGGCAUUCGCUCCUGGUUCAAGAAUGACGCCCAAUGGUCCAAAAUCGAGGCCAUCUUGAAUGGAGGUGAAAUCCCCGAGUUUGAGUUCCACAGAUUCUGGGCCCAAACCGAUGUUGCCAUUGCCUUCGGCACCUACGGCAUCCUGUUCGACGAGUGAACCAGUAGUGAUUUUUUCGUAAUUUGACCAAAUAAACCCUCGUACUUUUA